UUUGGUAUUGGUGUGAGAGAAGUAGCCUGGUUGUAGUUGAAUUGAUUAACGUUAUUACGUAGUUGACUACGCACGCAACGUGUCCCUGUUCAGUUGACUGGGAAGCCCCUAGCGCGGAGCUGCCAACGCCCGGCGUUAAGACACAAACGGAGGAUACGAUCUUGAAUGAGUAGCGAAGACUGUAAAACACAGCUAUGCAGACCAUCAAGUGUGUUGUAGUCGGGGACGGUGCUGUGGGUAAAACCUGCCUGCUCAUCUCGUACACCACAAACAAGUUUCCCUCUGAAUAUGUACCUACGGUGUUCGAUAACUAUGCUGUUACUGUAAUGAUUGGAGGAGAGCCCUACACUCUGGGUUUGUUUGAUACAGCAGGUCAGGAAGAUUACGACAGGUUACGACCUCUGAGUUAUCCUCAGACAGAUGUCUUCCUCGUCUGUUUCUCUGUCGUGUCCCCCUCCUCCUUUGAAAAUGUCAAAGAAAAGUGGGUUCCAGAGAUCACCCACCACUGUCCAAAGACCCCCUUCCUGCUAGUUGGGACUCAGAUUGACUUGCGGGAUGACCCAUCUACUAUAGAGAAGCUGGCCAAGAACAAGCAAAAGCCCAUCACUCCGGAGACAGCUGAGAAGCUGGCGAGAGACCUCAAGGCGGUGAAAUAUGUUGAGUGCUCAGCCCUCACGCAGAAAGGCCUAAAGAAUGUGUUUGAUGAGGCGAUAUUGGCUGCAUUGGAGCCCCCAGAGCCCAAGAAGAAACGCAAAUGUGUGCUGCUAUGAGAGGCUCCUACCUUUACAAAGCACACACACACAGAACACACACAUACAUGCAACCAUCUUAAAUACAUACACAAACACUUGCAUUCUCACACACACAGACACAUACCCCUUUCCCUUGCUCUGCUAAGGCUGGUUGACAGCAUUGUCCUCCACAGGGAAGACUAGAGAGAAAACAGCCGACCAAGUUUCAGAUAAUUGUCUGCAAUAAUAUGAAGCUUCACCCCUAAAUCUGAGUUUGGGACGAAGAUCAACCUAACCUGGCCAACAGGCCGCUGAGGGAUCCGGGCAGGGUGGCACGACCUCGGAUGGGAAUCCAGACACCAAGCUUAGAACUCAUUCUGUCGAGCUUUUGAUAGAUUGAUUUUGAUUCAGUGUUGUGGCCUAAUCAACUUUUAGAUGCCCAGCCAUUUAGUCGCCCUCAGCCAAUGUAUGGAUAUGUCAUGGAUAUAAGCCCCGCCCUGCCCCAGCCCCGCCCAGCCUCUCCCAGCUGCCCGAUUGGUGGCUGCUCAUGCUGCUGGUCCUGUCCCCUCUGUUGACGAGCACACUCAUCACCUGAUCCCUACCUUCUUUCACAGCACUACCAGAAGAGAUUCUAACAGUGUUGUUUUGUUUUUGUUUGCCAACACCCCUUUUCUCCUCAAACACACAACAAGUCUGAGAUAUUUAUUCCAUGUUCCAGGUAGACGUGCUCUUAACCACUAAGGAGACUGUGUAGGUCUGACAGAACUCUGUAAUUCGGGCAGUGCAGGUGAAACUACACGCAGCUCUCUCAUUGAGGAAAUUGAAUUGGUAAAUAUUGCCGUCUAGUAUCCCCUCCUCUUAGAGUGGACUUCCACAGUGCAGAGUCACAAUCCAUUUGGACUGUGGUAAUCACUUGAAGAGCGAAAGGCAUCCAGUAGUAAUGGGUCUGCUAGUCGACCGCAGGAAUUGGCCUUUUAGAUGCAGGGAACUUAAACAGUGUUAGCAGAACAAGAGGUGUGUUCUUUAUGCGUUGCCAGGGACCAAGGGAGGGUAAAGCAGGACAGUGUUUUAACAUUGUCGUCACCUCACACUUCGAAUGGGUACAGCAGAGACAUCUGUGUCAAACUAAUGAUCAGUGGCUGGCACCAGCAGCCAAAUCUGGACAUCUAUAUUUAAACAGCUGAUCAGUGAACUUCCACCAGAAUUCUGUGCCAGGUCAGAAUUUGGUGCCUUCCUGUAGCGUGUUUUAUUCAGGCUGUGUGUCUGAGGUGUGAAGGGCUGUCCACUCUGUUGUACCCAUUCAAACUGUACGGUGCUGCAUGUAGCUGAGCCUUGGUCUCUGUUCUAAAUGAUAGGUUUAACAGAUGUAAUUAUAAUGUAAGCUGGCACACAAUGUUGAUGUAGGCUCCAGGUGUUUUUACCAAAACUUUUUUUUUUCUUCAUUAUUUCUGUUUGUGUUUUUUUUUUAUUUUAUAUAUAUAAAUAUAUGAAAAAAAAGGUUACUUUCACUCCUUUUACAUUUAGGGGUCGGAACUCAUCUGAACUCUUACCUGCCAGUUUAUAGCAAGAAAACCUCUGAUUGGUUUAGUUGAUUAAAAACCUCCAAUGGCAGAGAGACUGUUUGGUUAAAAUUAUUUGUGAUUGGUUGGUUCUUGUUUUUCCUAACUGGUGGCUUAGAGUUGGGUUGAUAUCCAGUCCAAGUCAGUAUAAUUAUUAUAACCUGUUGUUGUUUUGGUGCAAAACCAAAUGCUUUGUCUAAAGUCUUUGUUCUUUGUAUAUGCAUUCUUUUCAAAAAUAUUAAACUUAUACCUUAAUUGCCUUUA